AUGGCCGAUGACUUUCCGCGCGGGGAGUCCUACGAAGCCGAACACGUCCACGCUGUGUACGAGCAAAUCGCAUCCCACUUCUCCUCGACGCGCUACAAGCCCUGGCCAAUCGUAACCUCCUUCCUCUCUUCCCUCCCUCCCGGCGCAAUCGGCCUUGACGUCGGCUGCGGAAACGGCAAGAACCUCUCCACCGCCAGGGGCACCUCUGCCUCCUCCUUGUCACUCUCCAGCGGCAUCUUCACACUCGGCUCCGACCGCUCGCCCUCGCUCAUCCGCCUCGCAGCCCAGCACCAACAGCACAGGAGCGGCGCGGAUGUGGUCGUAGCCGACGCCCUGGCGCUCCCGCAUCCGCGCUGUAGGUUCGACUUCGCGAUCUGCGUGGCUGUGCUGCAUCAUUUCUCGACUGCGGAGCGGAGGGUUGAGGGCAUGAAGGGGGUGUUGGAGGUGCUGAGACCGAGGCACAAAGUUGCUGAGGCUGGUGAGGCUGGCGAGGCUGGUGAUGGGAAGGGCGCCGGGCUGGAGAAUGCCGGGGAUAGGGAUGGCGAGGGUGGGAAGAACGGUGAUGGUGGCGGAAAGGCGCUUUUCACCGUCUGGGCGCUGGAGCAGCAGGGGAGUCGGCGGGGUUGGGAUGAGGGGUGUGAGCAGGAUGUCAUGGUGCCUUGGGUGAUGAAAGGUGGUGCUGGAGGUGGCAAGGUGCGAAAAAAGGGUAGGAGGGAGGAGGCAAAGGAACGACUAAUCGCGAAGAGCACCGCUGAAGUAGCAGAAAAUUCGGAGGAUGGCGCUUCGGAGAAGCGAGAGGGGUUGGGAGAGGAGGAAGGACUAGCCGCGGAAGAGCAGGAGAGGACAUUUCAUCGGUACUAUCAUCUGUACAAGAAGGGCGAGUUGGAGCAUGACAUUGUCGAAGCGGGGGGCGUUGUGCUCGAGUCUGGGUACGAGAAGGACAAUUGGUGGGCUGUUGCGGCACGUCAGGCAACCUGA